UUGAUUAAUUAGCCUAAUUAUUGAUAACUAAAAUGCGAGGUUUUAUACUAGUCAAUAUUUAAUUCUGCAUUGUGCUUCUGGUUUUGUACACUAGGUGGCAUUAGUUGUUCGUUUUGUUUCCAAUGAGAGUUUUGGCACAGAAAUGAAUUCGCAAGGUUUGUAUGACAGACAGUAUGUCACACUGACAAAUCAACGGCUGUAAUUUUUAUUUAUAAACGGGAGAAAAUUAUAGGCAUUGAAAUUAAUCCUAUAAUUAGAGCUAUAUUACAUAAAAACACAACAGAAAGCCUUUAUAGCCUUCAAAGAUAUGUGUGUUUUCCAAGUUCUAGAGGCUUUAUUAAAUUUAUUCGGUUUUCUUUCUUUGAAGAGAAUGUAUUGACUGAUUUUCGUGCUUAAAAAAAAUUGUCCACAAACACAACAGAUCUACAAUUACUUACAAUGAUAUAAUGAAGUUGUAAGAUAUAGCUCUCACACACACAAUUUUUUUUAUAUAUAAUUUUAUAAUUUAGAAAAUUCUGAACAUAAAUGAACUAAUAAUUGCUAUUUUCCAUCUUUAUUAACAUUUUUAAUCAAAACGUAGAUCCGAUUAUAUUUUCACCAUUGCAAUCAAAACUUCUUUGUAGCAAAUGAAAGCAAUUUAUACAAUUUUAGAUUAUUCACUACUAAAAGUAGCCUAACUUUGCAAGAAACAUGGGAUUGUUUUAUGUAUAUUGCUGUGGAUGUGGUAAAACGCCUUUCAAAUGCCAAAUCCGUACAAUAAAGAAAAACUGAAGCAAGCAAAGCGCACGUGCAGGGUUGCUUUACGCAGACAUAUACACACUGCACGGUGCACGCUCAAAAGCAAAUACACUUCCCUCCUGCAGGGCACAUGGGAAAAUGCUGAGACAUUCAAUAAGUCAUCAUCCUGCAAAGGGUCCCGAUGGUCUUUUCUUGACCAAAGGAACCAAAUGGAUGCGCGGACCUUUUAUAUUUAUUCUCUUCACUUGUUUUAGACAAACAUUGGCGCAUCCUCAGUGUUUGGACUUCCAGCCACCUUUCAAACCCCUUUACCACCUUGAGUUUUGUAGGCAUUAUGAGAAUUUUGGUUGUUGCGAUCAAAAAACGGACAAUCGUAUUGCGAUGAGAUACUGGGAUAUAAUGGAACUGGUUGGUGAUGAGGCAUAUGAGGUGUGCGGUGAUUUGGUAAAAGAUAUCAUGUGCCAGGAGUGUUCCCCUUAUGCUGCUCACUUGUUUGAUGCCGAGGAUCCUUACACUCCUGUGCGUCACAUACCAGGACUGUGCCCUACCUACUGUUCAGAAUUCCACAGUAAGUGUCACUUUGUGGUCAAGUACUUAACCAACAGUCGAACCCUACUGGAGACGUGCGAGAAAGACGGCUCACAUUUCUGUACCAUCAUCAAUCUCCCCGAUCAGGACUACUGCUACCCCAAUGUCCUGAAAAACAACGACCUGUACAGCAAUCUAGGCAAGGUGGAGGACCCGAAGGGAUGCCUGCAACUGUGCUUGAUGGAGGUGGCCAAUGGGUUGAGGAACCCUGUUCUGAUGCUCCACAGCGGUGAUGACACUCACCGUAUGUUUGUGGCGGAGCAGGUAGGCUUUGUGUGGGUAUAUCUGAGAGAUGGAAGUCGAGUAGAGAAACCCUUCCUGGAUAUCAGUGGAGAAGUGCUGACCACACCGUGGCUGGGUGAUGAACGAGGUUUUCUAGGCCUAGCCUUCCAUCCAAAGUACAGAGACAAUGGACGCUUCAUCUACUACUCUAUUCUGGUCAAUGGCAUACUUGAGAAAGUUCGCAUCAGCGAGAUGAAGGUCUCAGCUCAUGACAUGAACAUGGCAGAACCCUACUCAGAGAGAGUUCUUCUUGAGAUUGAGGAGCCUGCAGCAAAUCAUAACGGUGGACAGCUUUUGUUUGGCUUAGAUGGGUACCUGUACAUAUUUACAGGGGAUGGUGGAAAAUCAGGGGACCCUUUUGGAAAGUUUGGAAAUUCCCAAAACAAAUCAGCCUUGUUGGGAAAAGUGCUUCGCAUUGAUGUGGAUGUUAGCAGUAAAGAUGGGAAGCCAUAUAAGAUCCCUCCAGACAACCCCUUUAUCAUGGAACCUGAUGCCAAGCCGGAAAUCUAUGCUUAUGGUGUGAGGAACAUGUGGCGGUGCUCAGUGGAUCGAGGUGAUCCAGUAACCCAGUAUGGCAGGGGGAGAAUAUUCUGUGGCGAUGUGGGCCAGAAUCGAUAUGAGGAGAUUGACAUCAUUGUAAAUGGAGGAAACUAUGGAUGGAGGGCCAAAGAAGGCUUUGAAUGCUUCGAUGCCAAAUUGUGCCAGAACUCCUCCCUAGAUGACAUUCUUCCAAUAUUUGCUUAUGGACAUCAUGUUGGAAAAUCAGUAACUGGAGGUUAUGUGUACAGAGGAUGCGAGUCACCUAAUCUCAAUGGUCUUUACAUUUUUGGAGAUUUUAUGAGUGGACGAUUAAUGGCUCUAGAAGAGGAUAAGGAAGCUGGGAGUUGGAAGGAAAAGAAUGUGUGUAUGGGUGACACUAAAACCUGCUCUUUUCCUGGCCUUAUAAAUCACCACCAUAAGUUCAUCAUCUCAUUUGCUGAAGAUGAAUCAGGAGAGCUUUAUUUUCUGGCAACCUCCUACCCAAGUGCAACGUCCCCCUUUGGCACUGUCUAUAAGUUUGUGGAUCCAUCCAGGAGAGCACCUCCAGGAAAAUGCAAAUAUAAGCCACUUCCUGUAAAGGUCAGGGGAAAGAAAGUGCCAUUUACACCCAGAGAAUUAACUGUACUUGGCAUAAAUGAAACUCCUACGAGACCACCACUGGAAAACAUUACAUUCACCACUAAACCACCAAGCACCCGCAAGUCUACAAGAACCAAACCCACCACAUCUGCACCAGAGAUAAAACACACGGGUCAAACCACUACAGCAAAAUUACACGAAAAGUCAAAGACGACAACUCUGCCAAAAGAGAAGCAAAACAAUGCCCGCAGCAAACCCGUAAAGAAAGUUGCUCCUCACAGCAGAAAGUCGAAGCUACAGACCAAAAAGGAAAGAAAAGACAUAUUAUCCCGCAAAAUAUCUGUAAAAGGAUCUCAGACAAGACAGAAAACCACACCGAUUAAACCAUCGAAACCAAAAAAGGAGAUAAAACCAACCAUUUGGACUAAAAAGACUAAAAAGGCUGGAAAAGAAAUGAAGAAACCAAAGAGCAAACCUAAGGUGAACAACAAACCUAAGAUAAUAGUUCUAGAAAGAAUCAAGACAACAAAGAACUCGCAUACAAAAAAGAAAAAACUGCCUGAAUAA